AUGGAAAUGAUGCUCGGAGCCAGUACAGCUAGUGCGCAUUCUUUUUAUGAUAUCAAGGAUAAGUCUACUGAUAGCAGUGCAGUCUGCGCAGUAUGCGGUGAUGGCCAUGCCAAGCUACAUUAUGGUAUCUUAGCUUGUUACGGAUGCAAAGGAUUCUUUCGACGAACGCUCACUGGAAAAUAUCGAUAUAUCAGAGAAACAGUUGUCGGUAUUGUCGUUUUCAACGGUGCUUGGAAGUUGGAAUGGACCCUAAAGCGUAGCGGUAGUAGCAAUUUUUUUAAAUUGCGAUUACAAGAUGAUGAUUGGUCACGAAAACUAUCAGUGGAAUCGCGCAUAUUGCUAAUGAAGUUGAUGAAUAUUGAGUCAAAAAUUGUUAAAGGAGAUGACACAUCAUCCACAAGGAAUAAUACCAAGAACUCAUUCAAGACCGUUUCUCUUCGGAAACUUUUUAAACAAAGGCCAGUUUUGGAUAGUCGAUCAACUAAGAUUCUGUACGAACCAUAUCGGAUGGCUCAACUUGAUGAAUUACCUCAGAUUUCUCACCGCGGAGCGAUGGCUGCCGUCGAUUGGGUUGAUUCAUUGGCCGAACUAGCUGAUAUUACUAACACUGAAGAUAAGGUUGCUCUUGUAAAAGCAUGCUAUUCACCUCUGACUAUAUUUAAUUUUUCAACAAGAACUGCUCAAAACACAGAUAAUCCUGACAUAUUAUGUCUAUGCAGUUUUUCAUAUGUACCCAGGAAGCUUCCACUCGAAUUCACUCAAACAAAUCAACUGUCUGAUGAUCUAAUCAAUAGAACGUUAAAUGAAUUGGUAGUCCCGCUGAGGAAGUUAAAAUUGAAAGAGGAAGAAGUUGUGCCACUAAAAGCAGUUAUAAUUUUAAAUCCAAAUGCGAAAGGUUUAUCAGUGGCCGCUCAACAAGUUGUAUCGGAUCUUCGGGAUCGUGUCCAAGAAGUACUAUUCGAGGUUAUCAAAGAAUUGAAUCCUACUUACACUGCCACUGCACGAUUUGGCAAUCUCCUUUUGUUAUUACCUACAAUUAUGACGUUAUCUGGGACAAUGAAUAAGGAUCUGCAAUUCGUGCAAGCCUUAGCUAGAGGUCAGAAAGAGGAUAAUUUACUCAAUGAAAUGUUUGCUGAGAUGUAUGGCAAGUUAGAUGACCCAGUAAUCUCGACAUCCUCACUAUCGUCACUUGAAAAUCCGGCCGAAAUAUCGUUAAAAUGUGCCAGCUCAUCACAUCAAUCAAUAACAGUAAAUGGCAAUGUGAUAAAGGAAGGGAAAUUUAGAAUGGAUUCGAGCACACAAACCUAUCCGGAUGAUAGUCUUAAAGGAUCAUUAUCGAGUAGCAGCUUCUGCAAAUCACUUACCCCUCCUAGCCAUAUCAGCUUCAGCCCACUUCAUUAUCUCCUGGAUGAUGAUCUAACCAAUUAUUCACUUGCUCCCGAUUAUAGUGAGAUUCAUAAUGAUUCUGGUGAUUUAUUCUUCUUAAUGGACGACAUCAAAUAA